AUGCAACUUCUCACCGCCGGUGAGCACUGUCGAAUAUUAUCUCCAUAUUUUGAUCUUGAAAAAGAAUAAUAGCUAUACAUGAAAUCUUGUUGAUAAUGGUAAAAAGUGGAAAACGCGUAGAUGAGCUGGACGAGGAGUGCCAUCAGAACGGGCGAGUCCGGCAGCCGGAGGCCGACGUCGACAAGAGCACGGUCAGGGAACAAUGGUCUGGAAAGGUGGGUGGUUUAAAGGCGCAGAGGUCCGAUUAGACCUGGGCAAUAAAAAAUAGAAAAAAGGACUUUGGAGCCUUCAGAGGUCACUUGGCCCAGUGGCCACUUUAGGGGUCAAUUGAUCAACAUAACUGUUCAAAUCUGUUUGUUUUAAAAUUAUCAGAGUUACCGGAAGGAAUACUGGAUGAAAAACUACUGAAGUGGCCACUAAAUAGAGAACCUUUACAGUGGCCACCAAAAAUUUCCCCAGCACGAAAGUUCUGUAUUUCUUAACCUUUGUUUGAAAGUAGGGAUUUUCUUGCCGUAGAAUUAGCAAACUACUUUUUUGGUAAUUUUAAACUUUUUUUUUUCAUGUUUUCCAGCUUCAUUUCUGAUGCUCAAAUGUCUUUGAAAAAGACUCUACAUAGACGGUUUUGAAAGUUUCGCUCUUCUAAAAAACAUGAAAAAAGUUAUGCCGUGUUUAAAGUAAUUUCCGCGAAAUGCAUUACCCGUUAGAGAAAGGAAAAGAUCACUAAAUUUUGGAGAGUCAGAGAUCAUUUUGCAUUUCGCGGAAAUUACUUUGAACACGGCAUUACAAUUUCAUGUCCAUCCUUCCAGCUCGACUUUUUAUUAUCGGUCGUCGGUUUUGCCGUCGACUUGGGAAAUAUUUGGCGAUUUCCUUAUCUCUGCUUCAAAAACGGCGGAGGUUUCUACUAAAAGAGAAGAAAGUUCGAAAAUAUUUUUAGGAGUUUUCCUGAUUCCCUACAGUAUAAUGGUGCUUCUAACUGGAGUCCCUCUGUUCUACAUGGAACUCUCUCUUGGACAAUACUACCGAAAAGGCGCCAUAACGACUUGGGGAAGGAUCUGUCCGCUUUUUAAAGGUUCAUAACAUAAGUUCAAGAUUAAUUUCGUUUUAAAAACAAGUGAGGCUCAAAAAAGAAAAUGUCAAAGUUUCAAAGAAAUACUACAAAGUUCAUGCACAGCAGGGUCAAUCGAGAUGUAGUUUUUGAAAAAGAGACGAGAAAAAUUGCAAUUUUAAUCAAAUAUUGACAUUUUUGUCAGAAAAUUGUCUUAAUAAGAAUGUAUUUGGUCUCGAGAGGUCGAGAAAUUUUGAGACCUAGGAAUUUUACUUUGAGACGAAAUCUCGAAAGACACUGCUACACAGGUAGUAUUGGCUGAAGUUCAAAAUCAAGAAUAUUCCGUUUGUUUCCAAUUUAAAGACGCUAAAUGUUUUUUUCUUUUCUCACAGUAUUUGAUGUAGACUUCUCCUCUCUUUUUUCCCCAAUUUCGAUCUACCGCUUAGGGAUCGGCUACUGCGUCGUAAUGACAGCCUUCUACGUCGAUUUCUUCUACAAUGUGGUCCUGGCGUGGGGUCUUCACUUCCUCUACACUUCCUUCAGGUAAAUUCCCUACAAGAAUACUUUAUACAAAAUAAAUUCCAGUACAAAGCUGCCGUGGGCCUCCUGCAACAAUUCGUACAAUUCCCCGGCUUGUUAUGAGCCACAGUAAGUUUUGAAAAAAAAAGAAAAAGAAAAACUGAUUUCAUUCGCCAAGUUUUGAAGUUUUAUGACAUCUCUGCGUACUAUAUCCCUCAUCGGUGAGGUUCAAUAGAAAAUGAGGGAGAACAGAAAAAUCAGGCCUAGAAGCUGAGCGCGUUUGAGUCAGAUUUCGUUAAAUUCCCGGGAAAAUCCACGAAAAUUCGCCUUGUCGGAAUCUUUAAAAAUAGCAUGAAAACUCUUUCAUGCUGUAGUGAAUGAAGUAUAUUUUUGUCAGAACCAAAAAAAAAAAUAGAAAUUGAGACGGAAAUUUAAGCUGGAGCGAAGAUGGAACAGAACGAUGUCGACUUCCAAACGAAUCCAUCUCCUCGGAACGUAUUUCAGCCGCUGAAGAAUACUUUUAGUUAGUUUUGACUUGCAAGAGGUACCAAACUGUCAGCCCGUUGAAUGGCUCUAGUUUUUAGCGGUUGCUCUAAGAUUUGCCCACCUCGAAACGACUUGGGCACAGAGGCAUGAGUAUGAGUGGGAGAAGCCUUGAGGCAUAAAAAGUGAAAAUUUUUGAUUUUUCUUCGAAAAAAACAGGUUUCUGAACAAAUGAGCAACUGAGACGUUUCUGAGGGAUCCCUAUAGGGGUUUGUUGUUUUUGCGGCCCCUAUAGGGUUCAGGAACUGACCCCUAAGCCUUAUAGGACUUCUGGGAUCCUUAUAGAGGUUCAUCAUAGGGCCCCUAUUUCAAUCCCUAUAGGGACCCCUCUGCUGUUUUUUAGAAAGGUUAUUUUAGAUAAAGAGCGACAAGCUUAUAAGUAUAGCAUUUUUAUUGAAUUUUAAAGUAGGUAGCUGAAUUUUCGAGUUUCGUUUGAAUAUUUCGACUAUACUUACUUUCCGGCAGAAUUCCCUGUUCAACGUAUUCCGCUAAAUUCAGAAUAGCCGUCUGAAAGCGGAAAGAUAGCUAAAUAUCGGAGAGUCAGAGAUAACUUUGAAGUUCUUACUUUAAACAAGACAUGAGCUUACGUUUCAGUAAGGGAUUCCUGGGUCUACACGAAGCUGGAUCUCCGAAUUCGCACGUUUAUCGAUCAAUCAGCAACCUGGGCGACGUUCACUGGGACAUCACUGUCAGCUUCUCCUUCCAAAUUCAUAACUUUGGACUUUCUCGAAUUUUCAGCUCUCACUGUUCGUCGUCUACUUGAUUUGCUACUUCUCAAUGUGGAAAGGCAUCCAAAUGAGUGGAAAGGUGGGAAAAUAUCAUUUCCAUUGGAUUGAACUCACUUCAAGGUUGUCUGGUUCACUGCACUGUUUCCAUAUGCUGUUCUGGGAAUCCUGUUCGUCAGAGGCGUCACGUUGCCCGGCUGGCAGACCGGAAUCGAAUAUUACUUGAGGCCCAACUUCGAAAUGCUCAAGGUUUGGUUUGAGCAAAAAAUCCUCUGGUAAAAAUGACACAGAUUUUAUAGCCCUUUCCACAACAGCUUGCCACGGUUUUUUUCCCCAAAAAGACCACUCACCAAAAAUAAUCGAUUUUAACCACACUUCGCUUCAAGACCUUUGUUUUUUCCUGUCUUUUUUGAAGUUUUGUAGAGCAAAAGUACAAAAAAAGCUGUGUUUACGGUAGCUUGUUUUCUGCUGUGCUUUGAAAACGGCCAGUGUGAAACGUACUAUAGAAGAAAAAAAAAAUUUAAUUGAUACAGAAUCUGGAAUAUUUUUCAAGAGAAAAGUGGCCUGCUCAGUAACGGCGCUCCAUUGCAAAUUUGCGUCUCCUGCGGCUGGAUUUAAUUUUUUUUUUCCUAGUUUUUUUCGCGUUCAAUGAAUUUUUGAAUAGUUGUUGAGUGAAGAUUUGUCCUAAGGAAUCUUACGCAACUUACAGUGAAAAUUUUAGUUUUCUGUGCUCAGAAUCACUUGAAGAGAAAAAAAAGAGAAAAAAGCUUGAAAUUUUUAUCCUUCACUUCAAUGGAAAACGAUAAUGCCGUGUUCAAAGUGAUUCCGCAAAAUUCAAAAUAGCCGUCAGAGAAAGAGAAAGAUAACUGAAUUUUGGAGGGUCAGAGACAAUUUCGCAUUUCGCGGAAAUUACUUUGAACACGGCAUAAUAGAGAUCAUUUUUUUGCGUUUUACAAUUUUUUUUUCCAAUAAAAUCUUGAAAAUUCAUUCUCCAAGAAAGUGUAGACCGAAUGGAAAAACUUUUUUUAAAUCAAAAUUUUAGAAACCAUCUGUUUGGCAAGAUGCGGCUACGCAGGUCUUCUUUUCACUCGGCCCUGGAUUCGGCGUUCUCAUGGCUUUUUCUUCCUACAACGACUUCCACAACAACGUUUAUGUGUAUGUUCUACUAAACAAUAUUCUCCUUCGACUUUUUGUGAAAUCUGCAAUUUUUUUAAUCAUAAAUUGAAAAAAAUUUAUUAUUUAAGCGACGCUCUUUUCACUUCGUUCAUCAACUGUGCAACUUCCUUCCUAUCCGGCUUCGUCAUCUUUUCGGUGAUUUUCAGUUCUUUCAAGAACUGAAUAACGAUUCAAUCGUUCAGGUUCUCGGAUAUAUGUCCUGUAAGAGCGGAAAACCGAUAGAACAGGUGGCCCAAGAAGGUCCAGGUCUCGUUUUUGUCGUCUAUCCGGAGGUUUACUACAAAAAUACAUAAAAACAAUAUGAAAAAUGUAUUCAGGCUUUGUCAACCAUGCCAUAUGCCCCGUUUUGGUCGGUCCUCUUUUUCCUGAUGCUCAUGACCCUCGGCCUUGACAGCUCUGUGAGUGAACUAAUUUAUUUUAAUUCAAUUGUUUCGAGUUUGAUUUUGUUAGGUCUAUGGGAGCUUUUUUUGUUUAAAAGUACCUUGGUUGUUAAUUAAAAUCACGGAAAUGGACUUGAAUAUAAUUUCAAUAAAAAGCUUCAAAAAAGCUCCUCUUUUGUGAUUCAUGAACAGCGAUGUUCCAAUUGAAUUCCGAGAAACGUUAUCAUCUUUUUUUAGAAGCUCCUCAGUAAUUUUUCUCGGAUUUUUUCAAGCUCUCUUCGAUGAUUUUUCUGUCUUUUUUUUUGUUUCAUCGUGGUUUCAAGUUUUGAAUAUCGUUCUGCAGUUCGGAGGCUCCGAAGCCAUCGUGACAGGCCUGUCAGACGAAUUUCCGAUUCUGAAAAGGCAUCGUGAAGUUUUCGUCGGUCUUCUUUUCAGUCUCUACAUGGUCAUCGGUAUCGCCAUGUGUACUGACGUCAGUUUCGAGUUACUUGGAUUACAAAAUUUUUUCAAUUUCAUAUUAUUAAUGUUAAAUGAUCUUUAAGGAUGACGAUGAAGAAAAAGCUUUGAAAACUUUUUAUUAUUUUUUAUAUUUCAUCAUGUUCGUCAGCUUACAGGUUUGAGGGAACCUUUGAAAUUGUUAGUCUAGAAUCAUCCUAAUGAAGUACAGAAGUGAUGAAAAUAAUGCCAAAGGGCUGUGCGGCAAUCGGUUCUAAAAAUCGUCGAAUUUCGCCAAUAUUUCAGUUUUAAAUGGAUCCUUCUGCCUCCUCACUUUUGCUGUCUCUUUUAAACCGCCAGAAACGGACUGAUUAUUUCAUGUUUAAAAUUUAGCUUAUAAAUGCCUCACAAAGACAGGAACGACGGUUAUUUUGUUUCAGGGAGGGAUUCUGAUAAUGGAAUGGCUGAUCGUCUACGGCACCACCUGGGCUCUUCUCAUUGCCGUUUUCUGCGAAGUCAUGGUCGUCGUCUACAUUUAUGGUGAUCUUAUGAAUUGGUUUUCUAUUUCUGAAGGUUCAUUUUUUCUUCUUGGGUUUGCAGAAAGUGAAACAAACUUUUAUUUGAAAGCUUCAUUUUUCUUUCGACUCGAAAAAAAUUUUUAAAAUUGUCAGAGAACUCUAGACCGCUUUUUACAGAGAGACGCAGACACCAAAAUACUGUCAAUCCGCGGAAAAUGGACUAUAUAAGAGAAAGAAAGAAGACUAAAGAGAUGUCUUAUAUUUCUAAACUUGGCUUUUGAAAUUUUUUUUUCCGGCGAAAAAUUUUUUUGAGCGUAUCUUUAAGUUAGCACAGGAAUGUUUUUAUUAUAUUUAAGUUUUUUUAUAUUGAUAAGAGACAAAAACUUUAGGGAUGCAACAAUUUGUACUGGACAUGAAGGAGAUGAUGGGAUUCCGGCCGGGCGUCUACUGGAAGUUGUGCUGGAGUAUCGCCGCUCCGGUCAUCUUGCUUGUGAGUCUAUAUUCUGUUCAGAUUUUGAAUGUCAAGUCGUCGCUCAAGCUCCGCCCCUAAUGGUGCGAUAAACCAAUCAGAAAGCGAGCCAUCCACAGAGUGUUUUUCAAUGACGUCAUUGCACUUGACAUUAAAAAUCUGAACAGACUAUACCGUUCAAAAAAAACCGGUGAAAUCAUCUUCAGUCAAUGAUUCUGUCCAACUUCAUCAAUUAUCAGCCCCUCAGCUAUCAGGACUACAAUUACCCUCCAGCCGCGAACAUUUUUGGUAUCAUUUUUUGAAAUUAUUUUUAGAAGAAGGCGACCUAUAAUGACAAGUUCCUCGAAACACUUCCUAAAUAUUUUUCAGGCCUUCUUUUUGCUCUAUCGGCAGCUUGUUUCAUUCCCAUCGUUGGAAUCUACAAAUUCGUCUCAGCGCGAGGAAAUACGUGGGCUGAGGUAUGUUCUUUGUGAAUCUGUUCGAAGGGCAUUUUUUUAAUUAGGACCACAGUAUAUUUGAUAUUGCGUUUUCAUUCAGAGAUUUUCUAUUUUCUUUUUCGACGAUUUAUCAGUUUUCCUUACUUACUCAGUCUCUUUUGAACUUGACAACAGGGGCGAAAUACAGAAAGAUAUAAGAACCACUGGAAAAAAAGACCUCACAGGCUCCUUUAAAAAAAGAGAAGCUGAAAAAAAUUCAGAGAAAAAUUUUGAUAACUUUUUGGGAGCUCAAAAAGGAGCUCCAGAUUCUUAUUUUUGAGCCUUUUUGAGGCCGUUUGGACUUUACCCGUAGAGGUAAUUGAUCCGCAAGGAACAAGUUCAGUGAAUUUAAAAAAAUUGAAAUUAACCCUUUUAGUAGGUAGGUUAAUAUAAUAGAGCUGAUAAUUUCAUUUUUAACUUUUUGAAAGUUAGCUACUCAAAAAAAAAUUCAAAUUACAACGUGAAAAAGAGAAUCGUCACGAGCAGCUGGUACGGAAAUCUGUUAAAACAAAAAAAAAAGUUUAGUUUAGGAAUUUCUAGCUCAUGCAAAAAUUGGAAAGAGCAAAAGCCUUACAUGAUCUUGGAUAACUAAAACAUUUGGUUAUUCCCUUGUUCACCUUGAAUUUGGUCGGUCAUCCAGGAGAAGGAGGAGAAGAAUGAAAAAAAAGGGUUUUUAAGCUGGAAAUUCCAGAAACAUAAAAUUCAUCUCUUUUCGGUUGAAGUUCAUCUUUCUUCUUCAAGAAUGUGUUCUUAGAAAUGGCGACGAGUGACGAUGCCCUACAGAAGAAGGCCCGACCAGACCGAGUACAUGCCCAUCGCCACCAACAGUCAGACCGCCGACGUCAUGCUUUGA